AUGGGAGCCAAGUCUACUAAGCAAUGCCCUGCACCUCAUCCCACUGCCCCAGUUGAAUCUCACGGGUCUUUCCACGAUAAAUGGUCAGCUUACGUCCAGAGUCAAGUUGACCAAAUUUCUCUGAAUUUCGUCGUGGUGGAAGCGAAGAGAGAGUCGGCCUUUGCUCAAGGGUUUACCCAGUGCUUGGGGUAUAUGGGCGGGUUUGCAUGCUAUUAA